AUGUCUAUUCAAUUUUUUUCAAAACUAAGUCAAAACUAUAUUGAAAUUUUGGAGGAUAAUGAAUAUUAUGAUGUUACUAUUGAAGUUGGUGAGGAUCCAAAUGUAAAAAUAUUUCGUGCACAUAUGAUCAUUUUAUGUCAUCGUUCUUCAUUUUUACGGAGAACUAUAACUUCAAACAAAAAGAAUAAUGAUGUUUUAGCUCAUAUUAAAUUAUCAAAUAUCUCACCAAAAACCUUUCAAAUUAUUUUAAGGUAUCUUUAUGGUGGAAUUCUUUCAUUAAAUGGACAAGAUACUUUAGAUAUUUUUAAAAUCUUAAUUGCCGCUGAUGAGCUUCUUCUUCAUGAAUUAGUUGAUUAUUUACAAAAACAUUUAAUUGAGAACUAUACCGGGUGGAUAGAACAACAUUUUGAACUAACAUACCGAAAAAGUUUUCAAUCUAAUAAUUUAUUAGAACUUCAACAAUUAUGUACAGAUUUAAUGGCUAAAACUCCUGAAAAAAUAUUUAAAUCACUUGAUUUUACUUCGUUACCAGAAAAAUCGAUAAUAUCACUUAUUAAAAGAGAUGAUUUACAAAUGAAAGAAAUUGAAAUAUGGGAACAUGUAUUAAAAUGGGGACUUGCACAAAAUCAAACUCUCAUUUCAGAUCCAGAAACUUGGACAGAUGAUAACUUUAAAAUGAUGGAAAAUACUUUACAAAAUUUUUUACCUUUAAUUAGAUUUUUUAGUUUAUCAUCUAAAGAAUUUUUACACAAAGUGAGUCCAUAUAAAAAAUUUUUAAACCAUCAGCUUUAUAAAGAUUUAUUAAAUUCUUAUAUGGAUCCUGAUAUUGAACCAAACAAUAACAUUCCACUUCCCAGAAAGUUAAAGAUAAAUAACGUUGUUGAAUCAAAUAUCGUUAAUUUAAAUAUAAUUUCGACUAUUUCAAGAUGGAUUGAUAAAGUUGAUUAUAAUAAUAAAUUCUCACAUCUGAGAGAAUUAUAUUUACCAUACAAAUUUGAAUUAUUAUUAAGAGGUAGUCGAAAUGGAUUUACUCCUAAAAACUUUCAUGAAUUGUGUGAUAAUAAAUCUAAUACUGUUACAUUUAUUAAAGUUAAAGGAACUGAUGAAAUUCUAGGUGGAUAUAAUCCUUUAGUAUGGAAUUCUUCUAGUGAUUUGGGUCAAUCUUUAGAUAGUUUUAUAUUUUCUUUUAAGAAUAAAGAUUUAAUAUUAAGCUAUGUAAGCAAUAUGAAUCGUGCAAUAAAUUAUUGUAACGCUUUUGGUCCUUCAUUUGGUGUGAAUGAUCUUAUAAUAUCACAUAGUAGUAUACUUAAUGAUAAGAGUCCAUUUAAUUAUAAUAGAUGUAAACAAAAGAAUUAUGAGAAGAGGAUAAGAGAUACUGAAGAUAAAUUUGAUAUAGAAGAUUACGAGGAAUAUAUUUUAUAUUUUGAAAUUAGUUCUUCGGAAUUCGCAAUUAUUAAAAAUCGUAACUGGCAACGAAUUCGUAUACAAGAAAAUCCUAACGAAAUACCAACUGGAUAUGAUGAAUUAAAUAUGUUAAAAACUAUACUUAUUAGUUGUCAUUUCUUAGAAAUUAUUCAAAUUUUAUAUGGAGAAAGUUACUUAGAUAAGGAAGUAUUAGAAACUAUUUUAAAUAUUGUGCUUUAUUAUAAUUAUAAUGAUUUAGGAUAUAAAAUUAUGAAAAUAAUUAAAAAAAAUAUGAACGUUUAG